UACUUACACCGCUGAUUUAUUCAAAGAUUACGCUUUGCUUCUCGUUGUGAAACAUUUUUUAACCAGACUGGCACAACAUGACGAACAAUGAUGCAGAAAAAUCAUAUAUAGUCUGAAAUUCUUUAAUCCUUAAAUAUGACGUGAUUCAUAUAUUUGUAUAGAAUAUCCUUGAAAAAGAAAUGCCGCUAGAAAGGAAAAAAAAGAGACGAGUGACCAUGGUAACGUUUAACGUUUGUUUAAAAUUCCUGUAAAUUGACGCAAUUAAUACACCACACGUUUCGCUAAAAAUUUCAAAAUUCACCCCGGGAUAAAGGAAUUGUUUGUUUGAAGCGCUCACCCUUCGUAAUUGAUCCUUUGCGCCUCGCCGCUACCGUUUAAUUGUAACGUAACACGUAACAGCGUAAAAGCCCGUGUGAUCAUGUGUGAUCAUUGUGCCAAAAUUACUAGCCAGAAAGGAUACGCUGGUCAGGUGACGUGCCGAUGCGGAUAAUACGUAUUGUAUGUUCACAGUGCUGAGAAAAAGGAUGAUUCGCAAGCCAAGGAAAAAGACAUUGGUGGAUGUUGCAGCAAAAAAGAAAAGCAGGCAGAAGGAGGAUGUUGCGGCUCGAAAUGUUGCGCCGGUACGAAGCAAAAGCGCAGCGGAUGUUGUAGCGAAGUCAGUACGGACGGAAAGAGUUGUUGCCCUACGAGAAAGUGAUCUGCCAAUUGCAAUCUGGGCGAGAGAGAUAGCCGGCGGUUGCUGCAUGUCCGGUUGCUGCAUGUCCGGUAAAGUGGACAAAAGCAAGAGCGAAUCGAAACCUGGAUGCUGCGAGAACGAUAAGCAGGCGAAGAAGGAUGGCGCGGGAGGAUGUUGCGAGGAAAAUCACAAAUAGCUCCGACAGAUCCUCGCACGUUUAGCAUUCUAAUUAAAAAGCCAUCGUUCCAUGCUACUUCCAUCCGACGUAUAAUUGUUACAUUGCACUCGCGCGCGAAAGCACCGGCGGAAAUGUCUGGAUAAUAAAAAUAUCGA